UGCCGCAGAGACCCUCGCGCCGCUCGGUCUGCCUGUCGUCAUGGGAACGGUUCUGUCUCUGUCUCCGGGCUCGCGGAAGGCUGCGGCUCGGGGGCCGCCAGAGAAGCUCGCGGAGCCUGCGGAGCCCCGCGAGGAGGAGGAGGAGGAGGAGGAGAAGGAGGAGGAAGAGGACGGCAAUAAGACGAAGAAGAAGAAGAAGAAGAAGCGGCACCCGGUGCUGCUGCACGCGCUCAGCUGGAAGAAGCGCCUCGUGGCCGCGCGAGCCAAGCGGAAGGGCGGGAAGAAGGUGAAACCCGCGUCCGAGCCCGGGCACGUGCAGCGUGAGCAGGCGGCCGCCGACAGCCGCCACCGAGCGCCGAAGGCCGGCCACAGGCACGGACCCAUCCCGGUACCGGUCCCCACCGUCCCGGAGCACGGCCACGGCCACAACCAGAACCAGAACCAGAACCAGAACCGGCAGGACCCGCUCCUCUCACCGCGGAGGGUGGUGGUGCAGGCGUCCACAGGCGAGCUCCUGCGUUGUCUCUCUGACUUCUUGUGUCGUCGUUGUGUCAAACUGAAGGAGUUGUCGUCCAAUCAGAUCGUCCUCUGGUUCAGAAACGUGGACAGAGCACUGCUGGUUCAAGGCUGGCAGGACCAGUGCUUCAUCAGUCCAGCCUCUCUGGUCUUCGUGUACCUGCUGUGUCGGGAGGCGGUGGACGAGGACACGUCCUCAGAGCAGGAGCUGCAGUCCUCCUUCCUCCUGUGUCUCUACCUGUCCUACUCGUACCUGGGACACGAGAUCUCGUACCCGCUCAAGCCCUUCCUGCUGGAGGCCUGCCGCGAUGCAUUCUGGGAGCGGGCGCUGGCGCUGAUAGAGCGUGUGAGCGCCGACAUGCUGCGGCUGAACGCCGACCCGCACUUCUUCACCGAGGUCUUCCAGGACCUGAAGGAGCAGGGAGGAGCCCGGGAGGACACCAGGAGGGAGGACACGAGGAGGGAGGACACCAGGAGGGAUGAGACGAGGAGGGAGGACACCAGGAGGGAGGAGACGAGGAGGGAGGAGGAGGAGAACGAGGGGAGCAGGAGCGAGGAACUGGACCGUUAG